AUGAAGAAGUUAAGGGUGGAGAAGAAGAAUUUAGGGAAGGAGAAGAAGUUAAGGAUGGUUGGGGAUGGGGAAGAAGUGAAGGAAGGAGAAGAAGUUAGGGAAGAAGAAAAAGAUAUGGAUAGAAAAGAAGUCAAGGAUAAAGAAGAAGCUAUGGAUGGGAAAGAAGUUAAGGAGGAAGAGAUGAUUAUUAUGGAUGGAGAAGAAGUCAAGGAAGGAGAAGAAGUCAUGGACGGAGAAGAUGUUAUGGAAGGUGAAGAUGGUUUGGAUGAAGAAGAAGUUAAGGAAGGAGAAGAAGUUAGGGAAAGAGAGGAAGUUAAAGAAGGAGAAGAAGUUAAGGAUGGAGAAGAAGUUUGGGAUAGAGAAGAAGAAGUUUGGAAUGGAAAAAAAUUCAAGUAUGGAGAAGAAAUCAAGGAGGAAGAAGAAGUUAAGGAAGGAGAAGAAGUUCUGGAUGGAGAUGGAGAGGAAAUUUGGGAUGUAGAUGAAGAAGUUAAGGAAGGAGAAGAAGAUGUUAAGGAUGGAGAAGAAGAAUUGAGGGAAGGAGAAGAAGUUACGGCUGGUUUGGGAUGGGAAGAAGUGAAGGAUGGAGAAGAAGUUACGGAAGAAGAAGAAGCUUUGGAUGGAGAAGAAGUGAAGGAUAAAGAAGAAACUAUGGAUGGGGAAGAAGUUAAUAAGGGAGAGAUGAUUCUUAUGGAUGGAGAAGAAGUCAAGGAAGGAGAAGAAGUCAUGGACAGAGAAGAUGUUAUGGAAGGUGAAGAUGGUUUGGAUGGAGAAGAAGUUAAGGAAGGAGAAGAAGUUAGGGAAAGAGGGGAAGUUAAAGAAGGAGAAGAAGUUAAGGAUGGAGAAGAAGUUUGA